AUGACACACAUCGCCAACUGCAUCCGGGAGAGCGUGCUGGACAGAAGCCAGAUGCAUAUAUCAGACGACAUCGCCGCCGCUCCGAGGAUGUCUCCCAAGGAGCCCGAGCGCCCCGACAGCCGGACCAGCAGCCGUCCCCCCAGCCGCUCCCAGUCCACCCGCCGCGGCCAGCCCAGAUACCAGCUGUGGCCCUCGAACAAGACCCCCGCCCAGCACAGCCGCGCCCACUUCUCCCACGAGAAGCAGAUGGCCCUCUCCGUCCAGCGCUCCGCAACCGCCAUGGGCGACGCCAUCGUCACCAACGACGGCUGCGCUUCCCGCAGCAGACACGGUUCGUUGUCGAGGCGAAGAAAGGUCAGCGUGCCCGAGCUGCAGGCCCCCACGCCAAUGGCCACCCUCCAGGAGGGUUUGAUGGACUCCCCAACCAUCCCGGGCAGGCCACCGGCGCCUAUCCGACAACCACCUCCAGUGAGCCCCGGCCACGAGAGAUCCGGAAGCGCCCCCGCAACCCAUUGGCGCGCCAACCCGUUCGGUGACGCCAUGGUUUCUUGCGUCACUGGUCCGGCCUUCGUUCCGCCCCAGCAGAAGCCCAUGUCCCCCAGCUCCCAGGGAUCCGAAACCCCCAAGCCGGACUUCGAGCGAAACCCCCCUGCUGUCAAGCCUCUGUCGCCCAUCCUGAGCCCGACGAACGUCCCUGCCCCACCUGCCAGGCCCGAGUUGAAGGUGGAUACGAACGUGAAGCAUGAUGACGAUGAUGACAUUCCCCCGCAAGUUCCCCCGAAAUCGCCCUCCCUGUACAAGAAGAAGUCCUCGCCGGCCAUGCGCCAACAGGUCCGGAACGAUUCCGCCAUGGGAUACAGCAACAGCAAUGAGCCUCCGACCAACACGACACCCAUUACCGGAAUCCCCGAGUGCGCUUCUCCGGAGCGGACUGUGCGAGGGCGCGACACCAGCCGUGGACACCACAGGAAGAGGUCGGAACAGUCCAUCAUGGAUCGGGGUCGCCCCAUCGCCAGGACAACCCGCGAACGCAGCCGUCAAGCUUCGGCUUCGGCAACGAGCUCGUCGGAGAAGGAGGGUGCCGACACGUGGAAGCUUCCGAAGGGCGUCUCUGUCCGCCAGGCUCCCGUCAAGUAUGCCCCUGCGGAGAGAGAAAAGCUGCGAGGCAAGGCUGUCGAGCAGGCCGAGAAGUUCGAGGUUCUAUCUUCCCGGGAUGUUAAUUCUCUUGCCAAGGAAAUGCGCGCUCUUGACGAACGCUGCGACUACUUGCGCAAAACCUACAAAUCUCUCCGUGCAGGCAGGCAAAAGCUGCAUUCUCGCAUGAUCUCGUACCUGAAGAGGAGCGAGACGGUUGUUUUCUCUCGCGAAAGCCUGCUCAAGCAGGAAGAAGCUCUGGUGGAGCUUGACCACUCGAUUGACGACUGGAUGGCCAAGAUCGAGCAGGCGGAGAACCGUAGGCUUCGGAUCCGCCAAAAGCUGCUUGAGCAUCUGGCGGCGGCCAUAACACUGCCGCCCACGUCGCCGGUCAGCGACGCGGCCGAGGCGACUCCACCGCGGAGCCCGGUCAAGGCGGAGCGUGGAGAGAGCCCCCCUCGCGUCGAUCGCAAGGACGUCGAAUCGAUCCGAAUUUACGCUGACGGCCACGUGCUCAACCUCUUCACCGACAUCGAGCAGGCCAUCGGCAAGAUGUGCGAGGCUGCUUGCUGA